AUGGUGGAAGCAGUUAUAUCAAUUGUUUCUGGUUCUGUAAAAUAUGUUGAUGAUGCAGAGGUUAUAGCAGAGUAUGGUUUGUAUGCCGGGUUUUGCGAACAAUCAUACCACUGGGCGGACAUGCAACUAAAAAUGAGGUUUCUUGGACUAAAGCCAACAAAUAUAGAGAAACUCAACGAAGCGAUGGCGAUAGAGCUAGGUACGGACAUGUUGGGUGAAAUGGCGAUAUUCACGAUGGCAGCGGCGAUAUUAUAUCUUGAGUCGUGGAGAUCUUCAUCAAAGGACCAGCGCAAGGAGAACCAACAGAAUGUGCAAUUAGAUAAACUAACAGAGAGUGUACAAGAAAUGUCAAUCACUGUAGCAGAGCAAGAUGCCAAAAUACGAGAGCUGAUGCACAGGCUGGCCGAGCUGAAUGCACCAAACUAUAAAAAGGUCAUACAAUUUGUUGUAACGAAAGAUCCUGACGAGAAGCCAAGCAGAUAGUGAAAUAGAUGCAAGUAUCUGAAUCUUGAUUUCUUUCUAUCUGGUUCGUAUGAAAUUGUGCGAAAUAGCAUUUACAAUCUUUAGUCAUCAGCUUUUUAGCUCAGUAUGGAUAGCAGUUGGGUAUAUUAUUUGUGCUAACAACAUGCAAUGUUGAAUAUGACUUAGGAAAUGCAUUCUUAAAACACCAAUCGAACCAGAUCUACAUAUAUAUAUAUAGUUUGAAACCCCAAGUGUGUAGCAAUAUUUGUGUCUCUGUAAUUACAUGCGAUGCAGUCAUUUCUAAACCUGCAGCAUCCCAGCAGACACACGUAUGAUAUACGCAUCAAUCAACAGCAUUCUAAUUGCAUAGGGGACUUCCCUUGUGGCAUUUGUGGUUGGUCUGGCCUGUACUAUCAUGACUACAACUUCAGCUUGUUAGUGAAACACAUGGAGUGGUUCCCAUGUGAAUGCAAUUGUGUGGUACAGUCAUCCGUGCUUAACUGUAGGUUUGCUACCUGCAGUUUUGAGCAGCCACGGAAAAUAUAUUGUUGACUAAAUUUAAUAAUCGCUGCACUUAGUUUUGAGCAUCUGUGGUUCGUCGAAGUUAAAAAAUGCGUAUGAUGAUAUCACUACUCUUUUACUUCCACCUUCCACCCCAUGUUAUUCCUAAUAUUUCCAUUCUGCCUGUCUUGAUUUCUAGCUCUCAGGAUAGCCUUUCAACCCAUACGACACAUCCAUGGGAGCCACUAGCAUUGUAACCAAUCAGUCUUCUCAUGAUCGAGUGUAUAGGGCAUGCAAAGCAACAUUAAAAUUUGGUAACUGUGACACUGGAAUAAAAUCCCCUUAUUUUAAUAGGACUCGCAUCUACUAAUAAGGUGUUAGUCUCGCAAGACGUGGUGUUUUCAACUAUAGGGUUUAUCACGAAUGCAACCUCUGCAGUUGGUCUAACACAGGUAUUGUCUAUUGUAUUGCAUCGAUAUAUAGUUCCUCUCACACUUAUAUAUAUAGUUAAAUAGCUGGUGAAACGAUGGAAUUCAGUAUAAACAUAGCAUACUGGAGUGCCUUGUUGAAAAUUAUGAAUGAUCAUUGUACACUAGUCAGGUGUUUUAUAGCAACAAUCAUUGAUUGUCCCAUAUAGAUGAGUAACGCAAAUGGCACCUCUAUAUGUGCCACAAGUGAGUCUUAUAAACGAUGGGAAUUUAAAAUGUUUCUAUUCUGAAACCGAAAAUGACCAUUUAGAUAUAGUGUUUAUAUGUGAAGUGCAUAUAAAUCUAGCUAAAUAAUAAAAUUAUGUUAUAAAUUGAA